GAAGUUCCUUUUCUGACAGAGGCAUUAUCUAUCAAUGCUUAAGUACUCACCCAAGAGUAGCAGAGCAGUCCUUAACAAACAAGACCAAACAAGGUAAAGGUCACCCUCGCGCCUAGUCUGCUCGAAAUCGGAGCCGCGCUCCUCCUUCCGCUUCCGCUUCCGGUACCGGCACUGACACGAGGGGUAAGCUUCCCGGCCCGUGUACAUUAGGACAUCUUCCCCCUCCACUCCCUCCAUUUGCAGCUCCCCCUUCCCUCCUCUGCUCUCUACGUCCUUCUCCCAACAUGCCGCCCCUCGGCCAUCCUCUCCGGCCCGCAGCCAUCAAUCUCUACAAGCGCCUCCACCGCCUCGGUCGUGACUAUCCUGAACCCUCCUAUGACUUUCUUGGAAAGCUACGUGCAGCGAGUAGACGAAAUGCUGCUGCUACAGAGGAGGAAGAGGUGAGGAAAUGGUUGAAAUUGGGAGAGUGGAUUUAUAAAGAGACCGAGACGCUCUACUCCCUGAAGAAGUAUCGCACACUCCGGCGGCGAUAUGUACAAGACGAUUGAGCCCGCUGAUGUUUCCUUGCCUACCAAGUGAAGGGGCGGGCACCACCCACACCGUCUUACCUGAGACCCCUGCGAACAGCGCAGAUGCGGACCCAGGCGCAGACCUCGCUUGCCCACCACUGAAAUCUCUCUCGAGGCGCAGUCUUCAAGGACAAAGAAGAGAUUUUCACAAGUCGAGAG